AUGAUGCUUGGGAAGAGCCUGGUACUCACAGCCUGGUUUGCCCUGGCUGUGGCCUACCCCGUCAUACGCCAGGAAUUCAUUGGCGACCUAAACUUGAUCACUAACCUUGAGUUGAUCAAUGAAUUUGAGUUGACCACUGAACUAGAGUUGGCCAUUGCAGAAUCCAUUGCCUUCCUGGAAUCCCUCACUGACCUGGAGUCCACCACGACCCCUGAGUCCCCCAUUGACCUGGAGUCUACUGACACCCUGGAGUCCAUUGCUGACCUGGAGCCCACCAUGACCUCAAAGUGCUCCACUGAUCUGGAGUUCACUGCCACCCCCGAGUACCCUGCUGACUUGGACUCUACCGUGACCCUGGAGUCCACUGCCACCCCAGAGUCCCCUGCUGACCUGGAGUCCACCUUGACCCCAGAGUCCCCUACUGACCUGGAGUCCACCUUGACCCCAAAGUGCCCUACUGACCUGGAGUCCACUGCAACCCCAGAGUCUCCUGCUGACCUGGAGUUCCCUGCUGACCUGGAGUCCCCUGAUGAUCUGGAUUCUACAGCGACCCCAGAGUCCCCUGCUGAUCUGGAAUCCACCUUGACCCCAGAGUCCACUGCUGACCUCGAGUCCCCCACUGACCUGGACUCCACUGCGACCCUGGAGUCCCCCACUGACCUGAAGUCUCCUACUGACCUUGCCUCCAUUAGUGAUGUGGAAUCGACCAUGGGUGUGCAUUUUGAGGACACACAGGCUUUUGAAGAUGUCACUGCGGCUGAUUCAGAAGAGCCCAUAACUGGAAGACCAGAUGAGCUAAGCACCUCUGUGUGA